AUGACCACACAACGAGUUUUUCGACUGCCCCAGCGCACUUCCAUCCAAGACCUUCAGGUUAGCGAAGAGGACGUGCCCUCACCCUCCGCUCAAGAAGUCUUGAUCCGAAUCAAGAAUGUAGCUCUCAACUUCCGCGACUUUGCUGUUUCCACCGGAAAGUACCCUUUCCCAGUGAAAGACAAUGUGGUGCCUUGCUCUGAUCUUUCUGGAGAGGUUGUACGUGUGGGCAGCCACGUGGAGGACUUCGCCGAGGGAGACAAGGUGAUUGCAUCCUUUGACUUGAAGACCUUGUACGGUGCUAUGCCGGAUUGGCACCAUAGCUUGGGUGGUUGUUACGAUGGAGUUCUUCGAGAAUUUAUUACAUUGCCUAGCUCGGCACUCGUCAGGGUACCUUCAACUACUAAGCUCAGCUUCGCUCAGCUCUCGGCUCUAGUCUGUACAGGAACCACCGCGUGGAAUGCGCUUUACGGCAACGUUCCGUUGAAGCCUGGCCAGACAGUGCUCUUUCUCGGCACUGGUGGUGUUUCGAUCACUGGGCUUAUCUUGGCUAGGGCUGCAGGCGCUGUCACGAUCAUCACUUCUUCCUCAGACGACAAGCUCGCGCAUGUUCAAAGAACGUACGGUGCCGACUAUACCAUCAAUUACAAAUCGACUCCUGCUUGGUCCCAGGAGGUGCUCAAGAUCACCAAUGGCCACGGUGCAGAUUUCAUUCUCGAGAACGGUGGAGCUGGAACGAUCGGUCAAAGCAUUGAUGCAGUGGCUUACGGCGGAAACAUUGCUGUCAUAGGGUUCCUUGCCUCCUGUCCCCAGGAGAAGAUGCCUGACGUGGCAGCGCUUGCCCUAUCGAAGGGUGCAAUCGUCCGCGGCAUCAUGGUUGGAUCUAAGCAACAGCUGGAAGAUGUCACACGCUUUGUGACUUCCAAGAACCUCAAUGUGCCCGUAGAGAAGGUGUUUGGCUUUGGGAGGGAUGAGGUCGUUUCUGCCUUUGAGUAUUUGGUGUCAGGUCAACACAUCGGCAAGGUGUGCAUUGCUGUAAACUAA